AUGUCCGCACCGAUCGGCCAUCAUGACAUGGGCACUCUCCCUGCCAUUGCCGCCUCAGCGACGCUGCCGCAGAAGGGGGACAGGAUCCAUGCGUAUUGGGAACGUCAAACUCAUGCGACGGUCAUGCUGCUGGUCGCCAAAGGGCAUAUGAAGGUUGACGAGGUGCGCCGCGGCACGGAGUACUUGGAGCCUGAGGUCUACAAGAACGGGUCAUACUACGAAAAGUGGGCCAUUGCUGUGGCCAAUGCCAUGCUGGAACAUCAAGUGCUCAGCAACCAGGAGCUUUUUGAGGCACUUGGGCCCGACCACGAGGAUCCGGUGCAGCGGUUCUCCCCUGGAGACGUCGUUCGGGUACGCCAUGCAUCCCAUGCGACCCGGUGGCGCCGUCCUCAUCUCCGAACUCCUGGCUUCAUCCAUGGCGUCUGUGGCACGGUGGACCGCUAUGUGGGCAGCUUCGACAACCCAGAGCA